UACUUCAGGGUAUGUCAACUAACACUAUGAAAUAUAUAAGUUGAUGUACAUUAUCAAGAUAUGCUCACUGAUUGACCUCUAAAUGAUUUCAGGCUCUCAUUCAAAGAGAUCCCAUCACCUCUACACAACUUCUUUAUCGGAUGUUCACCAUUCUAUCUAUACUUUAAUACAUUCCAGCUCUUCUAUUGUUUUUUAAGUAAGAAUUUAAAUGAGAUUACUCGCAGACUUUUGUUAAUACAAGAUUUCCAAUCUCAAAGUUAUCAAGACUCAAGCAUUUUUCCGCGCGUAGCGCGGACGAAACAUCUAGUAAAUAUAAAUAUAUGAUGUGGAAUGUACGUAAUAGACAAACAUGUAUAUUUAUGCUUGAAAUCUGGAAGAGAAAGCAAAAAUGGCAACGGAAAUUAACUAACACCUACUUUUUCUUUUAAUCAAAGCUUAUCCGACCUUAAAAUUCCCAUAUUAAACAGAUACCGACAGAUUUGUGCCAAAACAAAACUAAAAUAUGUAAUAUGUAAUCAUCAGAAUGGUGAUUAACCCGGAUCUACUACCUCUACUGGUGAAGCUUUUUUGCCCUAAGGGUGCAAGUGUCAGAUCCGAGUCUCAACAGCUGUGAGGAGAAGAAAUAGCAACCGGCUCUUGUCCUUAACUUAAGCAGAUUAUAGGAUUCGGCUCAGAACUUCUUGCAAUUACAAACAGUAAGCUGGUCUAACUACUUAGAACCUCGGAUCCUUGGCUCAACCUACAGCAGGCUACAAAUUAACCAGUUAAUAAUACAUGUUAAAAGGUGACAGUCGUACAUCUUCCCAAGGUAUUGAUUCGGCUUUGUCAGGUCGCCAAUGCACUGCACACUCUUACCAAGUGGGACCCAAACUAUAUAGAAUGGUUUAGAACAACACAACCACAUUAGUGGAACUUAUUAGAACUUCAUCAGCACUAGACCAAAAUCCACCAAGUAGGAAUACCUAACUUUAAUUGUAUGUUUUGACUAUUAGUUGAUAUGAGCAACAAAUAAUUGAAGAGUGGAGCCCUGACUCCGACCACAUUUGUCUCCAUUUCCACAAAUCAAAAUCUCAUGUCCCUUCGAACAUGGAGCCAACUCUUACAACUAUUUGCCCACCCUAAUCGUAUUUCUAUCAAAUCAUCAUUUAUUUGCGCGAAACAUUGGUAUCCUGCAAUAAUUAUUUACUUCUACGUGGAAUAAAACACCCAAAACAUACAUACCAAAUGUCAUAACCUACAAGUUCUUUGGUCCACUUUAUAAAUUAACCUUGAGGUGGAGGAACAAUGAGGGUGCUUUUUUUUUUGAAAUUAAGCUAUUAGAAAUAAAGUAAUUAAAGAUAAUAAUGUUUCAUUUUCAGGAUGAUGUAAUUCAAAGGUGCAACAAAGCAUUUGUUCUAAACUUUUCUAGAAUAUAAUAUUAAUGUUACCAAGUCUAGAGCCAACAUAUAAACCCCACCAUGCAAACAUGUAUACUGUCACGUGUAUAUAACAGACAAAUUGCUUUGUUGUUCAAUAUUCACAUAUCAACAAAAGCAGUCCAUCGUCAAUCUAUCCUCAGAUUAAAGAAUCAUAUACUCAAAAAAAAAACAGUUAAACACUAUCGUUCUAAUAUAAGUUAAAACAGCAGUUUUGACCAAAAGAUUGGUUUAUGAUGGACGUUGAACCGGUGAUGUGCGAGUGUUGCGGAUUAACGGAAGAUUGUACGCAACACUACAUUAGUGAAGUCAAAGCUAACUUCGCCGGAAAAUGGCUUUGUGGACUUUGCUCCAAGGUGGUUAGCGACGAAGUCAGCCGAGAUCUGAAGCAGACAACGAUGGAGGAAGCUCUUAAUGCUCACGUGUUGUUUUGUGGCAAGUUUAAAGCUAACCCGGCAGAACUGGUCGCUGACGGCAUGAAACAGAUGCUACGUAGGAGGUCAGGUGACAUGUUGCCGGCCAAGUCCAAGAUGUUCGGAAGAUCUAAGUUCUAACACCAAGUAGUUGUGUUACACAUCUUGUUCUCUCAGUACUUUCUUCUCUUUUAGUGUUGGCUAAUGUAUAAUACAAUAAAAAAUGUAAAUCAGUACACUCAAACAACUAUUGCCAGUAAUCUUUGCAAGAACACAAGCCAUCUUUAUAACAGUGAAACCUAGUUCAAUAUCUCACUAUUAUCUCCUGUUCAUGCACUUUAUAGAUACCAUCUUUUUUUUUUUUUUUUUUUAAUAAAACUUCUUUUAUUUAUUUAUAUAACUUUGGGUUACAAAUCAAUACCACUACGGUAACUAUACAGAACCUAAACAAGAUUUCCCCCACUAACAAAUUCCCAAACCAAAGCAUAGAAAAACUCCUAAGGCAUUUAAAAAAUCGAGAGCCAAACCGCAAGAACUGAACUCUCUCCUAUUCCCAGAACUUGUGCACGAGCUAAAGGAUCCAACCUCAACCGAAUCGUUUGCUUAAUCUCUGAAAUGAUAGCUUCAGGAGGCCUCGCUGUAUCAGUAUGUACUCUGGAGUUUCUCUCUUUCCAAAUCAAAUACACGCAAGCUUGAUAUAUCAACCUCACAAUCAACUUCACAUUCAUGUCUCUUGUCGGAACCUUCAGCCAUCUCAACCUAUCCUCAAACACCCGAGGUGAGCUAAGGUGGAGUCUCGUUGUGAAAAACGACCAUACUCUCUCACUGAACUCGCAGUCAAAAAAUAAGUGCUGCCUGCACUCAUUAUGACCCACGCACAGCACACAAGAUGGUGGUACUAUCAAUCCCCAUCGUAGAAGUCUGUCUCUCGUUACCAUCCUAUCUCUUGCUGCCACCCAAGAUAAGAAAGCAUGCUUAAGAAUCCUACCCUAAAACCAUACCACAUCGUGCCAGUACACCUCCAACGUGCAGGGAAAUAGGGCUCUCCACGUCUCACUAGUAGAGAAAAUCCCUGACCCAUUCUGACCAUUAAUCCUCCAUUCGUAUUGAUCAUCAACUUCUGAGGCCAUAAUUGGUGAUGACUCAGGCAGGUUCUCCUUCAGGAAAGUAAUGAUUGCAUUCCUACUUCUACUCCUCUCAAAGCACCACCCCCUCACUCGUUAAAGCAUCUGCCACCACAGCAUUUAAACUGAUACCAGUCACAGCUGGUCCUCUCUCGCCAACCAACUCAAUAAGGGGGCCAAGGGAGGUCCAAUUAUCUAACCAGAAGCUUGCUGUAAUCCCCGAACCAAUCUGACAAUGAAUAAAAGGUCUCGCUUCAUCCCUCAACUUACACAAAGAUUUCCAAAUCCAACUGCCCCGACUCGAUGGUUGCAGCGUCCAGAAGUUCUCUGUCCCUAUCAAAUUUCUUCUGACCCACGAUGUUAUAGAUACCAUCUUGAAGAACGUGUGACAAUCCUUAGAUUCUCCACUAUCCUUAUAACAACGCUCGAGCCUUUCUUUUCUUCUUCUUUAUUCAUUAAAUCAAAAGAGUGAGAGUGAGUGAGAUACCAAGGUGUUGGCAGCAGGGAAAAUAAUUUUAUUUUUUCAAAUCUAAAUAAAAAAUUAAUUUGAAUUUCAGACCCAAACUUUUAACCGUAGCACUAAACCUAUUUUGACUAAUCCGACGUUAGUCAACCGUUAAUUCUAGGUGGAGUUAUAGCUCAAAACAUCGUCGUUUUAUAUAAUUACAUAAAACAAUGUCGUUUUAAGUAAAAAUAUAUAUUCCAUUAGUCACAACAAGGAAGCGAACCCAUUCUACGAGACUUCAUUACACAGAGGAUGGAACCACUCGACCAAUAUCACUAUCUUGUUAACAUUAAGUUUAAAAUUUAAAAGGUAGAACCACUAUGAGAGAUGAUCUUGUUUCCGAGAAUGACCAAGAGAUCGGAAGUGGAUACAUGGAUGAAGGAUGUUGGACUAAGAUUGAAGAUAAUUUGAGGCUCAAGUUAUUCUAUUUCUAAUGAGUUAUGGAAAAGGAAAGUUUAGAUAUCUAGGAGUUCUCUAAAUGUCAAUUGUGUUGUGAGUUUAGGAUGUUUACUUUCCUAUGUAUGGAGAUGCAAAGGUUUUGCAUGACAUGAAUUGAGAGUGUGUGAUUGAGAGCUUUAGUUUUUGAGUUAUUUUUCUAAGGCAAUAAAGAAAAGUGUUCUUUAUAUCUCAGUCUCAAAUUCUAUAUUUGGUAUCAGAGCAAACUAUGAAACUACGAUCAAGAGUUCUUACUGAAGAAGAACAAUGGCGGUCGUUAAAGAUGAAAUCGAGAUAACCUCCAAGGAGGCUAGACCAUUCUCUACAAAAUUCCCGAUGCUGAAUUCCUCAAACUACACCGUGUGGUUCAUGCGAAUGAAGAUCUCCCUCAAAGUCAACAAAGUCUGGGAGACUAUCGAUCCCGGAAGCAAACACGAGGAGGAGAAUAACAUGGCUAUUGCUUUAUUGUUCCAAUCCAUACCUGAGGCGUUAACUUUGCAGGUGGGUGACCUUGAUACAGCUAAAGUAGUCUGUAAUGCAAUUAAAGCUCGGCACGUUGGAGCAGAGUGAGAGAGAGAGUUAGAGAAGCACGAUUGCAAAAAUUUAUGGCAGAAUUCGAUAGAUUAAAGAUGAAGGGAGCUGAUAUAAUUGUUACCUUUGUCGGAAAGCUAUCCGAAAUCUCAACAAAAUCUGCUUCUCUUGGGGAAAUCGUGGAAGAACUGAAGCUCGUAAAGAAAUUUCUGGAGAGUUUGCCGAGAAAGAAGUAUAUUCAUAUUGUUGCAUCCCUCCAACAACAUACAUAUAUACCCACCACAAACUUGUUUAUAAAAACACAUUUACGUGACUCUUGUCCACCAACAUAUAUAUCCACCAGAAAAUUAUCCACAAUGUUAAUAUAUGUACCAAACUAAAAAAAAUUGAAGUAUUGUAAUAUAAAUUUAUCACUGCACAGUGCAGGAAAAACACCUAGUAGACAUUAUUUGCAAAAUACGUCCUAUGUACAAUCAUAUUCACUAACAAUGUGACAUGAUAUAAUAGAAAUGAUGACAUGACUUAUGAUUAAAUGUGACAUGAACGAUCAUAUUUAAUGAUGAUUUAUAUCUUUGGUAAAUUUUUUAGAAUAUAGUAAUAAUUCAUACAUCAUCAUUAAAGUAA